AUGAACGAUGAUUCCGACGCCUGUACCAAGGCUGCUAAUUUGGCACUUCAUCCAUUAUUCAGAGCAUCUAACAUUUAUCAAAUGAUUAUUUCAUAUCUUUCAAUUCUCCCAUUGUUUUAUUUUUUAGCUUUCAAAUUUUCCAAAUCAAGUUUUCAUGGAAAUUUGAAGGUUAUAUUUUAUUGCUAUUUUAUAACAUUAAUUUUAUUUUCGACAGUAUAUGGAGUAACCGCGACAAUUCAAUUUAUUCGGCCACUCACUGCUAUUAGGAGUUGUGAUCUAAUAGUUCCUUCACUUCAUCAUAAGAUCGGAAAUCUUCCCAUCUGUUUUUUAGUAACACUUUCCGCGUACUUCCCGUUCACAAUUACAGUUGAAAGAUAUUACGCAAUGAACAAAUCUGAAAAAUAUGAGAAAAUGCCAAUCAUAUUGGGACCACUUUUUGUUUUAUUCAUUGUUAUUGUCAAUUUCGGAGUAAUUUUUCAAAUUUACAAAAAUGAAACGUUUUCUCAUGGCGAUGUAGCAUUUUCUUUGUAUCCUCCAGGCACGGCUGAGAAAGUAUUCACAUUUUAUGUGGUAUUAUUUUUAAUUAAUCUACUUGAUGUCAUGUUUAAUUUGGUUCUACUUCGUAAAAACAUUAAACUUAAAAAGAAACUUACUCAUUCUCCUCUAACUGCAAAAUAUCAACUCGAAGAAGUUUAUCAGACUACUAAAUUUUCUAUUCUCUUAAUUUUAAUUUAUAUAUUUUCAUUUGCAAUUGCAUCCGGACUUAUAUUUUUCCGGUACUUGGGGAAUCUAAUCAUCUCUGAACCAAACUUGCUUUUUGGUAUUCGAACAAUAUUCGCAACGAUUGUACCUACCUAUCACUUUAUAAUUGGAAUUUUCUCGAUUUUAUUCUUCAAUCGAAUAAAAUCAAAGAAAUGAGAACGAGCAACUAUUCAAAUGUCUUCAACUGGAAAAUCUGGAGCAAAUAAUUAUGAUCAAGCUAUUUUUAGUAUUUGGAAUUCCAUUUCUGCCGUAACUGAUAGAACUGUUACAUUGACUUGA